GUGCACGUUGCGCUCGCACACUUGCAAUUACACCCUUUUUUGUCGCCUCUGACGACAUCAAAACGCGCGGCUGUCUAAUAUGAAAACAACGAACAGAGCAUGGAGGAUAGUGGACUGAAUCUAGUCAAGGUGCAUGGGGGCGGGGGGUACGACUCUGACUUCAGCGAUGACGAGGGCCCAGGUGGAGAGUCUCGCCAAAAAGAGAAGAGGAAACAUUCAGAUGACCUGCUGCUGCAGAAGCCCUUCCAGAAAGGAAGACAUUCUAAGGUGGCCCAUAAGAAUGUCGCUGCACAGGAGUGGGACAGGGAAGAAGCCAGAAACAGACGGCAUCACUUGAUUUCAAUGAAUGCUUUUGACAGACACAAGAAGUUUGUCAGUGACUACAUAAUGUAUUAUGGUGGGAAAAUGGGGGAUUUCAAACGUUCAGCGACCAAGGAUAAGACGGAUUUCGAUGUUGUGAAAGAAAACCAUCGGUUCCUAUGGCGAGAUGAAGAUGAGGAGGAUAUGACAUGGGAGAAAGAACUUGCGAAGAAGUACCAUGAUAAGCUCUUUAAGGAAUACUGCAUAGCUGACCUAAGCAGAUACAAGGAGAAUAAGUUCGGGUUCAGAUGGCGAGUUGAAAAUGAAGUUGUUUCAGGAAAAGGCCAGUUCUCCUGCGGGAACAAGCGCUGUGAGAAGCAGGAAGGCCUGAAGAGCUGGGAGGUGAACUUCGCCUACGUGGAGCUGGGGGAGAAGAGGAACGCCCUGGUCAAGCUCAGACUUUGCCCUGAGUGCUCCUACAAACUCAACUACCACCACAAGAGGAAGGAAGUCAAAUCGAAGAAGAGGAAGCGCUCCGAUGAGACCCAGGACGAGCCGCCGUCGGGACCGGCCAAGGAGAGCUGCCAAAAGAAGAGCAAGCGCAGGAGGAAAGAACAUUCCUCUUCCAGAGAUUCAGAUGACUCCGGGGAGUCUGACAGAGGUGAGGAUGAGUCAGACGAGGACACAGAGGGACCUUCGGAAGCAGACCACUGGAAGGGCCCCGCCCCUAGCGUUGAGGAGAAGUCCAGGGAGGAGGAGUUUGACGAAUACUUUGAGGACAUGUUUCUGUGACCGGUGUGUGAUGAAGCUCAAGCCUGGAACAGGAGCUUUCCAGAACCACUGCAAUAUGUGUUUACGAUUCAAUGUGCUGUCUGAAGUUUACUUCCAUUUUAUUAAAGACCUCAGAGUUCA